UUAUUUCACUGGUGUGGUGUAAUCAUUUUUUUCACUGAUACAGAGAAAAAGACGUACAGCAACUCGUUCAAGAAGCCAUACUAAAGAUAAAACUGGUCCGACAAAAUGUCAUUUUCAUACAUAGUCUCAUUCCUUACGACAGUUUCUCUAGUCUCAGGGUACCAAAACUAUACAAUUGUAACAAGGCUUGGAAAUAUUACCGGCUUAGUUGUUUCUACAAAUGGGGGUAAAAUCUUCAGAUUCACAGGAAUUCCUUUCGGCAAAGCACCAGUUGGAAGCCAACGUUUUCUCAAACCUGAAGCAUAUGGUUCAUGGAACAGAACUUUUGACGCCACUAAACUUGGACCUGCUUGCAUGCAGUCAUAUAUCGGCGCUAGUAUAUAUGACAAUAACUUAUCGGAAGACUGUCUCCAGCUGAAUAUAUAUGUUCCGUAUAAUGUAACUAAAGAUGUGAGGAGAAGUGUUAUGGUUUAUAUUCAUGGCGGGGGAUAUAUGACUGGAUCGGGUAUUUCAUACGAUGGUUCUAGGAUAGCCACCCUUGGUAAUGUUAUUGUUGUAACAAUAAAUUACCGUCUGGGCAUGUUUGGAUUUCCAUCUUUGCAAAACUCUGGCGUCAUUGAAAAUGUGGGAUUGUGGGAUCAGAUAUUAGCUUUAAAAUGGAUCAAAAACAACAUAGAUGAUUAUGGAGGCGAUCUGUCUAAAAUAACAAUAUUUGGGGAAUCAGCUGGGGGAUUUUCCGUCAAUUUUCAGAUGCUUAUACCCCGUAAUAAGGGUCUUUUCCAUCGAGCAAUCAUUCAAAGCGGCGCAGCCAACGCAUUAGCUGCAAUAAAAAAAUCAUCUACUGUUGGACGUCUGAUAGGAAAGAACUCUGGUUGUAACGAUCAAGACCAAUCGAUGUUCUUGCGAUGUUUGCGAAAUCUGGACGCCGGUGUCAUUGUUAACAAAACUGAUGAAUUUUCUGCAAAUCUUGGCAUUGACGUCUUUUCCGAAAUUGUAUUUACUCCAGUAAUAGAUGGCGACUUACUACAAAGAACUCCUAUGGAAUUAAUUGAAGAUAAGUCUUCGAAAGAAUUUCAGUUCUUUAAAUCUAUUGACUUGAUAGUUGGAAACUGUGAUAUGGAAGGGGCAUAUGUGGUUCCCUUAGGUAAAGCUUUCGAAAAACAAUUUAAUUUCAAUAUGUCAGACGGAAUUCCAAAACGAUUUCUUUGUGAUGGAUUAAUAUCCAAAAUUGCUCAGACUUACUAUAAAAAUAGUUCGUCUAUUUCUGAUCUACUAUGUCAAGAAUAUGCAAGUGAAGACAGAACUACUCAGAGUUUGAAUGCUGUUCAUUUUUUGACGGAUUUUGUGUUUAUUGCACCAGCUGUGAACCUUUUACAGUCCCAUGCCUCAAGCAAGUCCUCCUACACAUAUCAGUUCAUAUUUUCGGAGGACGUACAGUUGUUUUAUCCAAAUUUGCCUUUAUGGUUUCAUGGGGCGGGACAUGCAACAGAACUGAUAUUUUUCUUUGAUGCUAGAAAUAUGACAGUUACCAAUUUUACACUAUCUGCUAUUCAGAAAACUUUCGCAACACAACUCAUUAAGUACUGGACAAAUUUUGCAAAAUCAGGAAAUCCAAAUGGUCCUGAUAAGACAGACUGGUUACCAUAUCUUAGAAGCACAGAAUCAUACAAACAACUGAGUAUAGGGAAUAGGACGAAUGGAAACCAUUACAGAAAGGACUUUGUCAAACUGUGGAACACGAUUAACGCUUAUGAAUUUGUAACGUCAGGAGGAAGAUAUACGCAAUCGGGUAUCAAUUUUAGUUUGGUCGUGUUUCUUUAUGCUUUAAAAUUGUUUCUGUAAAGUUCCGUAGCUUGUUUAUUGUAACACUGACUGUAAAUUUGAAAAUGUACAACUUCCAAAGAAACAAAACUGUACAUGUAUUUCCUAUUGUUGGUUAAUUUUUUCUGCAAAAUAUAUUUCAUAUGAAACGACAUUGUCAAUGAAAGCAUUUUUCUCUACAGAAGUUUGAUUUUUGUUUUUCACAAAUCUUCAAGACAAUACAUACCUUUA